GUCUCGCUCGCGCGAACAGCUGAGUAUCAAAACAAAGGAGCGAGACGGGCGGUCGCCGGUCCCGCUCGCCGGCCGGCCGGUGUCGCCGCACGCACUCACGCCAGUUCGUGUUCGAACCGCGCUUAUUGAGGUCGUCCGCUGCGAGCUCGGUUGCCAAGUUUAGUACCGCGAAAGAAUUUUCCUUUGUCCCAAUCCUCGAGGACCCUGCCCUCGUAUUAUGUUUCUACGCGAGAGCCGCGACCAGCCCCGGCCUACUGAGGAGCCGGACCGCGCACAGCGUGCCGAAUCGCGUCGAAAUUCUGUCAGUUUUCCAAAAUUCUGUGACGGUUAUCCCGCGAAACGCGUACGCCGGGCGAUUUGAAAUUUUUGAGUGAAGUUGUGAGUAGAAUUUUGUCGGCCACCGGACAGUGGUGCGCUGCCACAAGUGUUCAACUAGUAGAGUGAGGACUGAGCAUCAUGUCCACGGGCAAGCGGCUAGCGAAGCGCUCCAUCAUCGGGACGCGCGUCGCGGCGCUGGGUGAUGACGGACUGUACUACUCGGGCAUGAUCCAGGCGGUGAAGACGCCGGCGCCCUUCCCGGAGAACAACAACUGCAUCAAUCUGACGCCGAACACCCGCUACACGGUGCGCUUCGACAGCGUCAAGAUGAAGAACCGCGAGUACCGCGACGCCGAGCUGAUCGGGCCCGGCUUCCGCGGCAUGACGGGCGUGCGCCUCAAGGAGGGCCAGCGCGUCUUCCUCACGCACAACGGGCGCGAGGUGCGCGCCGACGUCAAGCACCACGACCCCGACACCGACGAGCUGCGCGUCCAGGUGCACUCGCCCACCACUGAGGUGGGGGUUGAGCUAAAGAAAAGACUGGAUGAAGUAAGGCUAUUGGAAUCCCGGAAGUCAGCCAGACUGGCAGAUGUGGACACAGAUUUCGCCAGAUUGGCUGACAUGGCUGGAGACCGCCGCCGUGCUUCUGCCACCAUUGAAGUACCCGCACAUCACAUGCAAGGAUCGCGCAAGCGUGGCCCGAGCAGUUCCUGCGACCUGGGCUACGGCGAGCGCGACGACCAGAUGAACGAGUGCAAUGCUGCGCUCGUGCUGAUGUCGCUCAGCUGCUCGCCCAACUCGCCGCGCCCCAGCGCCUGGGGAGGCAGGUCGUCGGUGUCUCCUGGAGCCAGCAGCAGCUCCGGGUCGUCAUGGCGCUCCGGCACGCCGUCACCUCCACCGGCAUCCUCCUCCUUCAGCGACGAAGGCAUUGCUAUGGACUAUGAAGACAUCCACCCGCGCAAGAAAAGGAUAAACAGUGUUGUAUUCGUCUGCACCUGGAGAGGAUGUACUUACGACACAAACACUUGCUCCGCCAUUGAAGCACACAUCAGAAACACACAUUUAGGGCCAAAGAAAGAAGGCGAUAGUGACCAUGAAGAAGAGUUCUACUACACAGAGAGGGAGGUGGCGGCCCCGGCACCGCCGCCCACACUCUCCCACCGAGACAUGUGCCGCCCGCCGCACGAGGAUCCCGAGUAUCAACGACAGCUAGUCGGCUCUUUCAGGCAAGGUCUUCUCUCUACAAUGCAGAAUGGAACCGCCCGGCCAAUAAGCAUUCCCGUUACACAUCAUUGGGCCAAUUCACAUUCACCAAAACAUAUGCGGUUAUCAGCGGCGAGCGGAUCACCGGGCAGUCCCGGGAGGCGGCCGCGCUCGGAUAAUAAGAAAUGUCGUAAGGUAUAUGGCAUGGACCAACGCGAUCUCUGGUGUACACAGUGCAAGUGGAAAAAAGCGUGCACGCGUUUCGGCGAUUAGCGUUCGCGUCGCACGCACGCAUAUGCGCGGGCAGUGCAACUUAAAUGAACGGUGACGUUACAUUAUUGAACCAAAAUACAAUGAGACAUUUUGAUCAAUCGCGAAACGCGAGAACUAUUCCGUGUGGGAUUCAUGAUUUAAUUAAUUAUAAGAAAAUAUAUACUAUUAUGAAUGAAAGUUUUUAUUAAUAUAAGCAGAGACAUAAAAUUUAGAUAUAUUCGUUAAAAAAGUUAAAGGAGACAUAUUUUUGCUCUUUAUAUGUGGCUCGUGUUUUGACUGCAUAAUGGACAUUGCCCACGUAUUUUUGUAGCGCAGUAGAUUCGCCUUAACUGUGACGUACGUACAUGUGGAAUGCAAAAUUGUGUGACGCUCUCGAGCGGAGACUGUGAAUAUUAGCAUUAAGUAGUUGUAAGAUUAGACUGAGAUGAAUGCUGUGAAAACAUUGUCAACAGUGUUGACCAAUAUAGAAUCUUCUCCAGUUGACCAAUAUAAACUCCUUAAACUAGACAUUUUAAAAUACCACAUUUAUCAUAAAGGUAUUUUAGUUGGUAUUGAUUUAAACAACAGUUUGGGAAACACUGCACAGUGUCAUCGAAACUCUUGUAAAGGGUCAGUCAAUUCCGUCCACAUUUUCGAAUGUGCUGCUUCGAUUGUUAUCGACAACACGUCCAAGACAAUGUUUUCACACUAUUGUACUAUGUACUGAGUAUGCCACUGUAUGCUCUGAUUGUUCGACCACAUUCAAUGUCGAAAAUACUUCGGUGAUAUUAAUCACUAUAUUAUAUGAAAUGUAUAUUGACUGACUUAUUAGAUAAUAACGAAAUAUAAAUAAUAAUAUAUGAAUUAGCCUCGUAAGUUAUCUCAGAUUCGACGAAAAGACUACUAACAUGUUUAGACUUAAAUUUUUAUGAACAUAUCUGUGUUGUAUACAAAGAUGGUCCUACUAGAACAAGGAGACAAUACUCAAGAGAUGCUCGCGCAUUCUGCGGCGCCGGGGCUUCACCGCGGAGCUCUGUGCUCGUCGCAAUGUGAACACAACAGGGUGAGCAGCAUAUACGCAAGACUAUGACUUCCAAGGAGACGAGAGAAUUUGUAGGUAACACCACACUGUACAUACUGAUUCAAUUAUUGCAUACAAUCUGCAAAAAUGGAGUUCGUUUGCAUGAAUUUCGAUACGCCAAUAGAUGAGGCCUAAUAAUCUAGUAACCGGAACGUCGUCGGAAAACUUGAGAUAUGAAUUUCAUAUACCUAUUUAAAGUUCUGAUAAGAUUAAGAACCCAUAGAAUGUAAUGUAACAUUAGAAACAUCAACACGUACAGGAGGGAAAUAUAAAAGAAGCGUGCAGGAUUUGGGAAAAGUAAGAAUAAAAGCGAUUGCGAGCUGCAAUAUUACUUAUAAGUAUUACUGAUUAAUUAUGUAAAUAUUAAUUUAAAUAUAGUGAAUUAUAUAAAAAGAUAUUAUUCUGUAUCUACAUAUUUAAAAAAUAAAAGCAAUGUUUGGAUGUGUACAUAGAUAAAAGUAUAAUUAUGAAAUAUUAUUGUUACUUAAUGUAAUUGUUUAAAUCGAAAACUUUUGUACGGCUUCAUGAUAACGAGUUUAUGAAAUAUUUUAAAUAGUUAGGCACUGUAAUGAAUUACAAGAGCCGCGUAAAGUUUUAAUUUUGUGUUCCCUGCAUACAUCACGACGCGAAUGGAUUCUUUGUUACCAAGGCUCCUUGUCGGUUCAAAUAUAUUUUUAAGUACAUAUUAACAAAUUACAAAAUGCUUACAUUAAAGAGAAAAGUAUUAAGUUCGUGAAUACUCCUGGUUGUCAAACCAUAGGUAUCUAUGUAAUAUUUAAAAUGUGCCAAUUGUAAAUGUAACAAUCACUGUGAAAUCAAUAUUAGACUAUUAUACACGUAAUGUGUUCAUGUGUUCAUUAGUAUGCACUAUGAGCUAUCUAAUUACAUCGGUGCUGAUACAAAUAACGCACAUUUCAGAUAAAUAUGUACCGAGUUCUGUGCCUAUUCAGAAUUUGGACAACUUAUAUUAUUGAACGAUUACUGGUAUCAGUUAUCUUGGUUGUACAGGAAACAUGUUAAAAUCCUUUUUAUUAAUCUCAUCGAUUCAAUAACAUGUUAAUUUCUAUUUAGAUCUGAUUAGACCAGACAGACAGUCUAUUUAUGCCAAAUGCAUUCAUGAGAAUUGGACAAGGUACAACAGAAAUCCGCUUCUAUUCAUGAAGAAUCUUUAAAUUUUUAUGUUUUUUUCUGAUACGCGGCGCGGUAAACCAAUCAGAGUUUAUUUUUAAAAAGUGACCACACAGUUGAACUAGCAUUGCAUUGCACUUAUUGUGUCUUAUAGUGACUGAAUUAGUAACGGCCAAUACAGCCCCGCUCCUCCGCCUAAAUGAAAGAGAUGUGACGAUUAAGAAUCAGUCCAUAAACAAAUAUCAAUCAAUCAGUAUCAGAAUUAAAUAUGUAAACACCAAUUUUUAUUACAAAUUAAAUUCAAUACGUACCUAUUACUCAUAUGAUAGAGAUACCGCUUCUUGCCAAAUUUCUUUAUAAAGUAUGUGUUACAGGUGCUUUAUGUCAUUAUUAGUAAUACUUAAAUGUAUUUGGAAAUCGUGCUAUCAUAAUAUUAUAUUACGUGAUGUACCUGUAAAUCUUACCAAAUAAUUACAUUUCAUUGCAAUAUUGGUUGUGAUAAAACAUCAUGAAGUUGUCAUUUAAUAGCAAAAUAACAACGCUCGACGCAAUGAACCUCCGCGCUUUCUAAACCAAAAGAUCACUGUAGUCGUAAGCAACAACUCAGCUAGCGAUUUGACAACUGCCAUAUUGUAAGGAUCUAGAAUAUAUAACUGCAGCUUAGAUUUAUAUGUAGCUCCUAGUUGUAUUUUAAGUUGAAGUCAUAAUAAUAGUAUUUAAUAUGUUAGGUACAGUAAACGUAUUACGUAUAUUUAGUUGAUAUUUGUUAUUUCACAGUUGUGAAUUUUGUAAAUUGUUUCAACAAUUUCUACCUUGAAUAGUCGAUCACAUUUUAUAUUUCCACGCAAAAAUGUAGAAAACAUUUGAACAUGCCUCAUGUGGACUGUUUAAGUUUAGACUCACUUUUCCUGUAGCUGCAACACUACCACUGUAUUUGUACCUCUAACCAAAAUAAGAAUUGUUAUCAAUGGGUAACAAUAAAAAGUUAAGACCAAUAUUUACGGAGAUAAUUACCGGGAUUAUAUUUAAAUACGUAUCGUCGGUAGACAAUAUACAUUUUGCAACGAUAUUUACGUACCAAUUAUUUCAUAUUCAUGCAUAAAUACGAUGCCGAUCUCAAUUUAUUUUCGAAGCUACUAGAGUUACGUUUAGAGACAUAAUAUUAUUUCAUGCAUAGAACAUUUCUUAUUUUAUAUAAAUUAUUCAUAGUAGUUUAGGCGUUAUUAUUUUUAAAAUAAAGACACUUUAUUUUUAAUAACUAAAUGAUUUGUAAGUAAAUAUUUUUACGUAAUUUACUAAUUUAUUUAGCCAAAAUUUUUGCUCAAUUUUGUAUGCACUCAACACCAAAGUCAUAAUACUAACAAGAAACUACAUAUCAGUACAAAAAGCAUAAUUGAAACAGUUUUAAGAUUUUUUUGCCUAGAAGAUCACAUGCAUGGGCUCACGUCGCAGUCCUAAUACUCUUGGAAGCAUGUUUCGAUGAAAUUCUUAGAUAGAGCGCUAGUGUAGCUCCAAGUUUUAAUUCAGUUUCUACGUAACGGACUGUCUACUUGAGACCUAAGUACUGUUCUUGAUUAGGUACAUCAAAAUAUUAUUUAGAACUUACAGAUAUAAUGCAAGUGGGAUUUAAAUCCGUGUCGUCGAAUUGAGCACGCGUUCAGCAAUAUUUGAAUCCCACUAAAACUCGCUCCUCUUGCGAGGAAGUUAAAUAUCUUUCUUUUUACAUACAGCGCCGCUAUUUUCUUCUCUAACUUCUUUAUGUAAAUAUGUAAAUUGACAAAGGUCUUAGAUACUAAUAAAUACCUGGUAUUGAGUGGAACACCAUAAUUUCUAGUGCUAUCGGUACUUACAUAAAGCUGACGAUAUUAUGUAAACGUUAUCAACGUAAACACAGUUUUACCUUCUAGUUGAGUAGCAUAUUUACUUAAAUAUUGUAUUCUUAAUAGUCUAUUCGUGAAUAUAGAUUACUUCACCUGUUUUAUACAUACUUUUAGUACCCUUUGUUGUAAUAUAAUUUCCGUUAAAAUUAUGGUACCUACAUGCUAGCAUGUAAUUUUAUCUACAAAUAUUUUAAAUUAAUAUUAUCUAUAUCAUAGAUUUACGACACUGUAAUUUCUUAUUUUUAUCGUGUAUUGUAAUUAUUUACUCCUAAUUGCGUAUAUUUUAAUUAUUAUGUUUCAUCAUUUAUUCAUCCCUUAUGUAUUUUGCUAUUCCAAUGAAGUUAAUUUUAUGUUUAUGUGGGCAAUUAUAGUUUAUGAAAAUAUGUCUCCUGUUUUUAGUGGUACCAAUGUAUUAAGUACUUGUGAUUAAAGAUAUUUUCUUGACAUGUCCAUAAUCUGACAUAAUCUAGCACUCAGCGUAAUAUUAAUUUAACAACGAGUUGGCAAAAAAGUACAAUUUCACAAAAAAAGGAAAAGAGCUAUUAUGAUGAGCUAAAUGAAAAUACCUUUCUAUCGAAAAGAAUGAAAUUAAUAUAAGGAAAUAAAGCACUUUUUACCGAUAUCACUAAAUAUAUAUUAGUGUAUUAUGUGUUGGUACUUGCCAAUGAAUCAAAGCCAACUUGCGCUAUGAUCAGGCUGCAUGACGAUUUUUAAAAAAUCAGGAAUCAAUCGUGUAAAAUAUUAUAUUUACAUAUAUGUACACUGAAAAUCAAGUACAUAGCACACCUCUUUAAGAAAAUAAUAAUUGCUAAUACAAGUAGGUACCUAUCUACCUAUUGUAAAAUUUGUAUGUAUAGAGUACAUAUUAUUUGCUUUAUUAUUUUAUUCCUUAAUAGUUUAGGUGAGACUUCUGAAAAUCGAAUUGUCACGAAAUUAACAGUGUACCUAAAUCCUGUUACCUAUAUCAUUUGAAUUGUAAUGUGAAAAGUUAGCAUUUUUUGUGGAAAACAUCCCUACUUUUAAUUAAUAUUGUUCAACUAGAGAGUGCCACAGACUUUCAGAAUGACUAAUGUGCUAGUCGUAUCUUGGAAAUAUCUGAAUUAAGACUCAGCAUAUUACCUAAAUGACCUAUGCUAAUUUUUUGCAUUAGGACUGUCAAUUCAUGUAAAUCUCACAUAAUAAUCUACCUUACAGGAAGUUACUUACGCAAUUGUUAAGCCAGUAUGUAUCAAAUUUAUAUCAAUAUGACGUAAGUUUCAGAAAUAUGGUGUAGAUAUCUAGUUUCUUGUUAAGAACCGGUGGAUGCAUCGAUACGUCGUUAUUAAUGGUUACCAGUAGUUUUAAGGACGCAACAUGAUCAAAUAUGUUGUUUAUCUCUUGAUAGAUAUUAUAUUUUCAUAUUUAGUUGUCAAUAUCACAGCAGUUUUAAUAGACACUGUCAGCUCUAUUCCUCAUAUUUAACUUUCUCUAACUGCCAUCACAAGUUUUGUUUACUACGAUCAACAAAUGGUAGAAACUAGCUGGCGGUUAAUCUACUGUGAUAUUCAUAAUUUUAUUUAUUAUUUUCUAAAUUAUUAUUUAUAAAUUUAAUGUUGAAUGUGAGCAGAGCAUGUUAUAUUUUAAUGAGAUUGUCGUAGUUAAGACAUUAUUUUAUAUUGUAUCUAAUGGAAGGUCCAGAAUGUGUUCCAAAUUGGUUUAAUAACGAUAGUUAAUACAAUUUUAUUACAAAAUGUUUUUGUUAAUACGUUGUUAAUAAUCUUGUAAUGUAAAUUGAAACAAGAAGAAAUAUGUACAUCACAAAACUUAACAGCCUUAUUAAUGCACUUUGAGCUCUCUAUCUAUAAUGUGUAAUAUUGAAUGCAUUUCAUAGCAAACUAUAUUUGACUGUGAAGUAUUGUACCUACCUAUACCUACUUGACAAAAUGUUACACAAUUUAAUGAAAUAUAUAUUAAAAAAAUGUUAUUAUUUUAUUAUGUGCUACUUCAAGUAGACUAUUUGCCUGAAUAUACCUCAAUAAGUUUAGUAUGAAUUUUGUGUGUCUUGAAAAAAUAUAUUUCAAUUAUUAGAAUCACA